AUGAAGGAGACCGUCUGGGAGGCUGGUGCAACAGUGAUCCCAAAGGAGGGAGGGGAUAAUAUAUACACAGUCAUGACUGAGUCUGUUGCUGGGGUGCUUUGGGGCCUGGAGCAGCAGGACAAAGUGGAGCAGUACCACAGAAGACAGGUCCGGAGAAAGGCUUCGAGCCAUGCGGGGAACCACAUGGGAUGGAACCAGCUCCAAAAUGCACUGAAUGAAGUCACAGACAUCGCGAGGGCCCUGGCCAAGAUCAGCAAGGACUGGAGAGGGAGGUCAUCCACACCAUCGGUCGACAGCAUCAAGGAAGUGAAGGAUGGGGACUUCCCUAUAUGGAUGGAGGAUGCAAUCGUGCAGCACAGACAGCUCACUACAGCUGUGGAGAACCUCAAGAAUAUCUUCUUGGGGCCCCAGAUUGUGAGGGGGUCCCUGGACUUCAUUAAGCAAGGGGUGCUCCUGCAGGCCCCCCAGAACCUGAGGGACCUGAAACAGGGGUGCCCCUGGGAUGAGCUAAUGCAUAAGCACCACCAUGUGGACAUGACCCUCAUCCAUAGCUCCUUCAGGAGAAAACAGGGGAUCUCAGUUGAGCUGGCCAAGCAGCUGUGGAUGAUGCUACAGAAGUCCCUGGCCACCGUCCGUGACCCCAUUUUGCUGGUCUCUGUUGUCUGGAUGGCAAGGGAAGAAAAAUUGGUGCCUAUUUGACCAAAAAAAAAGCAAACUAGCUUUGUUCUUCCUAGAAGGUCCAAGAAUUAGAAGGAGGAAAUGUUUGUGCUCUUGGACAGAAUCAAGGCUGCUAGAAUUGAGGGCACAGAGGCAGACUGCAGGUUAUCCAACAAGGAGUGGUCCAUCUCCCACCUGGAAGUCAUAUGGAAGCAUGUCCUGGAUGACCUCAUUGCUACCAAAAACCCCAUGACUGAGUGCUUUCCUCCCUAUUAUGAGAUUUUCAGAAACCUCCUCAACCACCAAGCUCUGAGAACCUGGAUACAAAUCUCGUGGGAAGAUCUAGAAGCAAAAGAAAUGAUGAGCCUGUUGACGUGGGUCUUGAACACCAACACAAGCACAGAGAUGGUGGGGAACAUGGAGCUGGUCCCAGAAAUGGACGUCAGUGCCUUAGAGGUUAUACUUCCUUCAGAUGUGGUGUCUGAACUGCUCCAUAUGUACAUGUCAGCUCCCACUUCAAACACCGUUGUCUGGCUUCAGAAAUCACUAGAUGCAGACACUAAAGAUGGCAUGAAAGAGACUGAGCCCAGAGCUGACCCACGUGGAACACUCCCUGCCAUCAUCUUCUAGAUUUUCCAACAGAUUCUCUAAGUUGUUACUCAGAUAAGUGAAGAUUUUAAAAUAAAGGUACUAGAGUGUUUUCAGUAAAUGAAUUCUUUCUUUUUAAAAAAUGUUUCAUUGUGGUUAUGUUAUGUUCAGGAUAUGACAGCAAUCAACAACUGCCAGACCUUUACGGAACCCCUGGUCAGUUUAAAGAGAAAGUAUUUUAAAAAUGAAAUGGAGGCUAUUCUCUCAAAUCCAAAUAUGGAUGGGGUUUUAAAUACCAUUUUGCAAGGAGGCUGCAGCAGUUACCUGAAGGAGGUCUUCUGGGAUCUGGAGCAACAUCUAGAUGAGCCAAUGGCAAAGAAGUGGCUGUUAGGCUCAAAUACCGUAGCCAUCGUCUGUGUUACCAUGGAAGCAUAUUUCAAUGAUGUUGCCAAAAUUCAAAAUCACAUGAAAGAGGGUGACAGCAAGUCCCUAUCAGCCACCACGCAGAAGCACGUCUCACCCUGGAGCACCAAGGAGCACAAGCAGGGUGCCGAGAAGACCGUCAGGGAGGCUGAACAGCUCCACGUCCUGUUCCGGAAGUCUCCAGAUUUGGUAGCAGGUGGGCACAGUAUCACUACUGCCAGCCUUGCAGAAGUCGUUAAAUUGGAACCCUCUGUGCUCUGCCUGGAAGUUUCAACUUUGAUCAGCAAAUACCCAGACAUGAAGGAUGACUGCCCUGGCCCACUGCUGGCCACCCAAGGGGGCACCUACCAGGACAUGAAGUCAACCAUCACUGAGGCUCUGGAGCAGGGCCUGAUGGCAGGAAAUCCAAGCUAUGCGCCCAUCUUCAAGGGAAUCAUAGCUCAGUCUGAACGUGGUGUGACCUCUCAAGUAGCCUGA